ACAACAACACAGUCGAGUUUCAGCAACGCUCUGGCCAAGUUGUUGAGGCGCGUGAGCCAAAAAAAAAGGAAAAUUUAACCGCUUCCAGUUAUCUCUCUCUUUGGCUACAAUUAUUUGAAAUAAUUGACCAGUGUGUACAAGGGAUUAUUGGAUUAAAAAUUAAUGAAAGCCUGCUAAUAAGGAAAUUGCAUUGCAAAACUCGUUAAGAACCCAAAACACGCACAAUAUGCGUUGUUCCGUGUAGAGCGAAUUGCGUAUACGCCACGUUGAACCGUCAAAAGGAUUUGGUAAACAUAUUGUUGCGUUGCCGCAAUUUGAAUAAGAAAAUUGUUUGCACAAUUUUUAUUCGACUCUGUGUCACCGAUUCGCAAAUAUUCAAACGGAUUCUUUCACAGCCAGAAAAAUGGAUAUUGUUAUACGUGAAGAGGACAUUUCACUGGCCCAGAUUGGCGUCUAUGCCUCAGUUUCCUUCCUGGUGGUUUCGGCUGUUGGAGCAGCCCUAUACACCACCUGCUCUAAACGAUAUCGCCUGAACUGGUUUGAACAAAAUCUCCUGGAAUCGGCCAACGAAAAGGAUGAGGACCAACAGAGCAGGGAGGCUUUGGUUGCCGGUGCUGCGGGCUAUAAUGUGGACAACAUAAACGAGGUGCCGCGUGGGAAAUUCGGCAGUGGAAAUGCCGGCAACCUCAGCCCCACAUCCUUAAAGAGCGAGGACAAUGACCCCGCCUUUUGGGUACCCGCUUCGGUCACCUCGACGGCUGCCAUCCAGCAACAGGUGUCCAACACCACCGAGGAGUCGGCACCGCCCACACCCACUUCGCCCACCGGAAGCCUGAAGUCGAACACCCUGUCCUAUUGCUCCACCACUUCCGUGCCAAUCGCCAGAUCCGAUAAGCAUGUGGUCCUGGCCAUGCACCCAAGUCGUCCCAGGGUUUCCUCCAUGAAUGCCAAAUUGGAUCACACUAAAAUUGAUAUGACCUUGUACAGGAGCCACUCUCAACCGAAGACCAUCAAUCCAGUUUCCGUCAGUGAAGUCCGCGGCAAUUUGCAUGUUAGCAUCGUCUACGAUCCUGUAGGUGGUUUGUUAAAUGUUCGACUACUGGAAGCUCAGAAUCUUCAGCCAAGACAAUUCAGUGGAACUGCCGAUCCUUAUGCCAAAGUAAGAUUACUACCGGAUAAAAAGAAUUUUUGGCAGACGCGCAUUCACAAGAGGACCUUGAAUCCAGUUUUCGAUGAGCAGUUUGUUUUUGAAGUCACAGCCGGAGUAAUUGAUAAACGAACCGUUGAGAUUUUACUGUACGACUUUGAUGCCUAUUCCCGGCAUGUUUGUAUCGGUGGAACCAAGCUACAUCUGGCCAAUUUGGAUCUGAGUGAACAGGUGAAACUCUGGACUCCCUUGAGCUCUGCCUCGGCCCAGGAUAUGAAAGUGGAUCUGGGAGAUAUAAUGGUGUCCCUGGCCUAUUUACCAUCUGCGGAACGUUUGAUGGUGGUCCUGAUCAAGGCCCGAAAUCUUCGAAUUGUGGACGAUGCCCGAAACUCUUCGGAUCCGUACGUGAAGGUUACUCUCCUGGGUCCCGGUGGCAAGAAGAUGAAGAAACGGAAGACGGGCGUUCAAAGGGGCACUCUGAAUCCCGUUUAUAAUGAAGCCCUGGCUUUCGAUGUCGCGAAGGAAACCCUGAAAAAUUGUGUACUAGAAUUCACCGUGGUCCACGAUGGUUUAUUGGGAUCAAGUGAAAUUUUGGGGCGUACUCUCAUUGGAAACUCUCCCGAAGUCCGCACCGAAGAAAAAAUAUUUUUUGAGGAAAUUUUCCGCGCCAAAAAUGCAACGGCACAGUGGGUUGCACUGCAAGAACCGGCAAACAAUUUGGCCACAGUAAAAACUACAAAUACCAAGAACUAGCUGCCACAAUUGCCGGCUGCUUUUGGUUUGUGUCUGAGUAAGGACAGCGGCGGUGGUUGUCUUGGGUAAGGGUUUUUGCGUGGGCGGAAAAGCACAAUUUUUGUAGAGUUACGAAUGGAGCAAAUGCUCAAACCUUUUGUAGACUUACAUUAACAUAACUAACAUUUAUUAUUUAUUUAAACAGUCUGUAGUUUGUUUUCCGUUACUAUCGGUUGAUAAUCUUUUACAAUAACGUCUUUUUGAAAAAGCAGGUUAAUUUAUUCUUGCUGUUUUUAUCCGUUAAUUAGGCUCUUAUUGACUUUUUUUCAUUUUUCUUUAAGAGUAUAAUAUUCAGAAAAAAUAUGAUUUUUGGAAAGUGCACACCCUUAACCCUAUUAACAAAUAUUUAUAAACAAAAAACUUAGAAUAUUUGGCAUAUUGAUAUAUCAUCAGAAAAAUGGUACAGCUGUAUUUAAAAAAAGUACAGAUCAACUAUUAUUAUUGUAAAUACGGCUGUAUACAUAUAUCAAAUAUCACAGUGGACGGCAGUACACAUAGUGAAAAUGUUUUAAUAUAAACCAAGAUAUUUGGUGAUAUAUUACAAAAAAUACUGGAAUAAGGGAACUUGCAGGGAUACGUUUUAAGCAGGAUAAAGAGUCGAAAUAGAGUGUCACACAAAGGUCACCAAAUAGUUUCAAAUAUGAUCAAUAGACGUCGGAUUUUAUAUGAAUUGGUUUUUUAAAAUUAAAUUUUCAGCGGUCCCUGAUUGAUUACAAAUCUUAUUUUAACAAAUUGAUAUCGUAUUAAAUCCGGCGUCUAAUGACAAAAAACAUUUCAAUAAAUGUGCUUUGUACGGUAUCAAUUAAUCAAAGAAAAUAUAUUUAAUAUACAUUUUAUGUGUCAGACAUGUCAAGAAGUACCUAAAAUACAAAUUACCAACAAUAAAAUUAGCCAAAAGAGAGAAAGGAAAAACAAAGAUAAUAUAUACAAAAUGCAAACCAUGAUUAUUACUUUCAUUUUAUAUAUUUUAUAGGCAAAGGUUUCAGGGCACAGAGGGCACAAAAACCACAAACAUUUAGUUUAAUUUUGUGCUUUAAGAAAAUCGGUUGAAAUAUAAUGCACAGUGAGCAGAAGUAAUUCUAACCAAAUUAAACUAUUCUUAUACGCAUUGUUAUAAUACUUAAAGUAGCGACCUUAUAAAAUAACUUGUGUCUAUAUAGUAGAUUUAGUUUAAACGCACUAUGUAUUCCAUAAUCGCAAAAUACCUAAUAUAUAUCUAUGUGAAAUAAAGUUCGUAGAUCAUAGACCUUAAA